AUGGCAUGUUACAGCAAUACAACCGAACUUUUUCUCUUCAAUUCAUCAGGGAACGUGACUGAGAUGACGUACUCUAGCGAGGAUGUACCGCCGGACAACGGUCCGUACAGCCCGCUGAUUACGGGCUUGCGAACAUGCUUCGUCGUACUUACUUCCCUUUUGAUCGUCACUGGGAACAUCUUUUGUCUCUCCAUCAUGAGAUUCGUAGACUCGUCCCGGUUUCCUCCAAGCUCCAAGGUGUUCCUGUCCUACGUCAUUCUGUCAGAUUUAGUUUAUGGUAUCUUCUCAUUGUUUUUAGUCUGCCCCGCUGCUCUCAACUUCUGGCCGUAUGGAAAGUUUCUUUGCGUCGCCAGCCGCUUUGUGGAUUCUUGGAUUUGCUCCUGUUGCGUCAAUGCUGCCGUUCUCAUUACGAUCGACCGCCUCCUGGCUGUGCUUUACCCCCUCCGCCACGCCACAAUCAUCCCCAGAAGGAGAGCGAUAGCCAUUGUCGCAGUGUCUACCAUUGUUGCUUUGGUACUCAGCUUGUCUAUGUUCACAGGAGCAGUUCAAGUCUCCUACAACAAUGCCGCCGUGAUGUGCUUAGUCAAGUGGUCGAUCGGCACCAGUCCGUACCUGGUUCGUCUGAUCUUCUUCGCUGCCUACACGGCUGUCAUUCCCGCUGCCAUCUUGAUCGGCUGCUACACAAAACUGUACCUAGUGGCGCGAAAACAUACCAACCGCCGUGCCAAGUUGCGGGUAAGAGCAAUCACCGGCCGGAAAAGCUCGGGCGGUCAGGUAAAAGGCCAUCGCGCCCUGAAAAUGUGCAGCCUGAUCGCCGGGACAUUCUGCAUCGCGUGGACGCCCUAUUUCGUCGUCUCGUUCCGAAGCUACGUUUUGAAAACCGAAGCCCCGCCUUUGGUCGACUUUUUCAUCAACUGGUUUUGCAUCAGCAACAGUUGGUGGGAUGUCAUCAUCUACUUCUUGAUGGCCAAGGAAUUCAGGAAGACAGCUCUGAAAGUUGCUCAUAAGCGAUGGUUGAAAAACAACCCCAACAAGCAACGAACUGUGACGACGCAGUGCCGUCAAGAUAACCCAGAUCUGUAG